GAAAGAAGAGAAACUCAAAGCGCCUCUCAUGCACAAAGAGGAAUCAGUGACCUUCAACUGUGGCCGGCCCACGCGCCCCUUCCUUCCCUCCCCCGGCCCAACCCAGGCUCCGUCUCCAGCUCCCUGCCUCUCUCCCGUGUCCUAAUCCCCAUCCGAAAUUCAAUCCCAGCCGGCAACCCUAGCUCUAGCGGCGGCGGCGGCACAGGGGCGGAGCCGCUAAGGCUGGGGGCCGGAGAGGCCGCGCACUCGCGCCGCGCAGGUGCAACCGCGUAGGAGCGAACGCCUGCUGCUGCUCUCUGCUGCCCUGCUCGGCGCCUUGGCGGGCGGCGGCCAGGUGCAGUGCAGGGCACUUGUGCAGCAGCGCAGGCACCAGGGGGCGGGCGGCCACUCGGCCAGCCGGCAAGGGGCAGCCGGCGGCGAGGCGACGACCAGCGGCGCUGCGUAUCAAUUACUAGGUGGUACACUGUAAUCAACAAGCUAUUGCCCCUAUCACUCCAUAACCAGCAAUAAUGCAUCUUUUUGAGCCACAGAAACAAAACUGAUGCAUGCAAUGUCUCAAACUCCAAACAGUAAGUAUAAUGAUAAUAGUGCUUCUGGAGUUGCUGCCCAGGCAACGCAUCCACAAUCUCAUAGUGUUAAAUUGAUGAACAUCGGGCCACUUACUUUCUCAAGUUUACAAGAGUCAAUGAGAGCUGAUGAUUUGCUUCGCAAAGGCAAAAGGCGGAAGACAACUACACAGGCCGUUCAAGUAAACCUCAAUGAUCAGCAUGAAAUAGAAAAUACACAUCUAACCGAGCUAUCUUGUUCUGACUAUGCCUGCCAAUAUGAUAAGGACAGACUAACGGGGAAGGUCACCUGCAUGGUGUGUGGUGAAGAAGGGCAUUACACUUGUGAUUGCUCCAUGAAGGAUCAAGAGGAAAAAGUGAUGUGCACUAUUUGCAACAGGGCUGGCCAUUGUCAUUUAUGGUGUUGCCGACAGAAUGUGUCGGAGAAUCGUGCUUGCCAUCGUUGUGGUGAAAAAGGACACUACACUAUGAAGAAGCUCAGUUGCUGUGGUGAAAAGUGCAGUCAUAAUAAGGAUAUCAGUUGCUCCAGUUGUGAUAUGAACCAUCAACUUGGAAAAUGUCCUAUGGGAGACAUUACAUGUUUCAUUUGUGAAGGCAAAGACCAUGUGCCUGCACAAUGCCGCUUGAGUCCAGUGCUCACUGCAGUAACUCAGUAUCAUCGAGAAAGUUUCCGUGCCACUCUGAAAAAGGCAAUGACAGAAAUGAGGAGAACAUUAACACCAGUUAAACCAUCUGGAGAAUUUCCACAUGAUGAAGAAGUACCCAAGGUCUCAAACUUCAGUAGUAGUGGGGAUGGCCAUUCUGAGAGGAAUAACACCAUCAGAAGUGAGGUACCAGACUCUGACGAUACCAGCCAUGCUACAAUGAUGGACAAGGCAGUAGCACUAGUUUCAAAGUCAACGUGCCUCAGCUGUCAUGAAGAAGGACACUGUGCAAAUAAAUGCCCUAGAAAGAAGCCUUCUGGAGAAUUAGAACUAGAUGUCACCUGUGGCAAGAAAAAGCUAUCCGAAGAAUUGGGUCUCUGUGAUAUCACCUGUUUCAUAUGCCAUGACAAAGGCCACAAAUCAUAUAGCUGCCCCAAGCAGAAACCACCUGGAGAAUUGGUGCCAUGUGAUGAUAGCCAUGAAUGCCAAUUUAAGGGAGGCAGUGAAACGGCAGUACGGCACCUGAAGUCUCAAGAUUAAGUCAUGGUGAGGAAGACCAUUGUUAUGGGAAGAGCCCCAUCAGAAGAGCCUCGACUUUUUUCGAGCUUUCUUCGAAAUCAAUAUAUUCGUAUUUAUUUUAGUCUCCCGCGUUGUUUGAUAUGCAA